UGAAAAUGGAGCUGGUUCAUGCACGCUCAUGGAGCUGUUGAAAAAGUGAGCUGAACAAGCUAACGUUAAGCUGAAGUUUAGGGUGUUGUUAGGUCUCAUGAUCAUCUCUAGAAUUUGGGAUUUGGGGAAAAUAUCGAUUUCAUUUUGAGAUAGCAUGGAUGUAAAGCAGGAAACUGGUGGUUGCGAGUAUCUCUUGGGCACAGAAGGAGAAGGAAAAUGUGCAGAUGUAUCAUAUGAACAAGAGCAAGGUCAAACCAUCAUCAUCAUUAAACAAGACAUAGAUGAAGACAUGAUGAACAAGGAUACAACUAUGCAUAAUGAGAUUGAGAGUGAAGAGGACAAGAGACUAUUGCCCAUGAUAGAAUGCAGUGAAGAGAAGUCAUAUCGGUGUUUACAAUGCAGUAAGACAUUCAUGGAUGAGAGCACUUUAAUUCUACAUCUGAAAGCAUGCUUUAGAGAAGAGGGAUCUGUUAGCAGUCUUAGAACAAAGUUAGAUAUGAGCUUUAAGUGCCCCCAUUGUGAUAAGAAUUUUGAAUCCCAGGAUCAUCUUAUGACCCAUGUGAGCACACACACUGAAGAAGAGUUUUAUCAUUGCUCUCAUUGUGAGAAGCGAUUUUCUAACAACAGCAAUCUUACACUUCAUAUAAGUGCACACACAGGAGAAAAAAUUUAUCAUUGCUCUCAUUGUGAGAAGAGAUUUUCUAGUAGCAGUAUUCGUUCCCGUCAUAUAAGAAGACACAUGGGAGAAAAGCCUUACAGUUGUUCUCAUUGUGAGAAGAGAUUUUGUUACAAGAGCGAACUUACUCGUCAUACAAGAACACACACAGGAGAAAAGCCUUAUCAUUGCUCUCAUUGUGAGAAGAGAUUUUCUAACAAGACCAAUCUUACUCAUCAUUUAAGAACACAUACAGGAGAAAAAUCUUAUCAUUGCUCUCAUUGUGAGAAGAGAUUUUGUUACAAGAGCGAACUUACUCGUCAUACAAGAACACACACAGGAGAAAAGCCUUAUCAUUGCUCUCAUUGUGAGAAGAGAUUUUCUAACAAGACCAAUCUUACUCAUCAUUUAAGAACACAUACAGGAGAAAAAUCUUAUCAUUGCUCUCAUUGUGAGAAGAGAUUUUCUAACAAGACCAAUCUUACUUGUCAUAUAAGAACACACACAGGAGCAAAGCCUUACAGUUGCUCUCAUUGUGAGAAGAGAUUUUCUGUCAAGGGCACUCUUACUCAUCAUAUAAGAACACAUACAGGAGAAAAAUCUUAUCAUUGCUCUCAUUGUGAGAAGAGAUUUUCUAACAAGAGCAAUCUUACUCGUCAUAUAAGAACACACACAGGAGAAAAGCCUGACAGUUCUCAUUGUGAGAAGAGUUUUUCUGUCAAGAACACUCUUACUCGUCAUAUGACCAACCCUGAUACAGAUCGAGACCAACGUGCGAUAUCAGGUCAAACCUUAAUGGUCAAACAGAAAAAUGAAGACAUGACCAACCCUGAUACAGAUCAUGACCAAUGUACUAUACAAGAUGAGAUUGAGAGUGAAGAGGACAAGAGACUAUCGCCCAUGAUAGAAUGCAGUGAAGAGAAGUCAUAUCGGUGUUUACAAUGCAGUAAGAUAUUCACGGAUGAGAGCACUUUAAUUCUACAUCUGAAAGCAUGCUUUGGAGAAGAGGGAUCAGUUAGCAGUCUGAGAACAAAGUUAGAUAUGAGCUUUAAGUGCCCCCAUUGUGAUAAGAAUUUUGAAUCCCAGGAUCAUCUUAUGACCCAUGUGAGCACACACACUGAAGAAGAGUUUUAUCAUUGCUCUCAUUGUGAGAAGCGAUUUUCUAACAACAGCAAUCUUACACUUCAUAUAAGUGCACACACAGGAGAAAAAAUUUAUCAUUGCUCUCAUUGUGAGAAGAGAUUUUCUAGUAGCAGUAUUCGUUCCCGUCAUAUAAGAAGACACAUGGGAGAAAAGCCUUACAGUUGUUCUCAUUGUGAGAAGAGAUUUUCUAGUAGCAGUAUUCGUACCCGUUAUAUAAGAAGACACCCGGAAGAAAAACCUUAUAGUUGUUCUCAUUGUGAGAAGAGAUUUUCUAACAAAACCAAUCUUACUCGUCAUAUACGAACACAUACAGGAGAAAAAACCUAUAAUUGCUCUCAUUGUGAGAAGAGAUUUCGUUACAAGAGCCGUCUUGCAACCCAUAUUAAAACACACACAGGAGAAAAACCUUAUCAUUGUUCUCAUUGUGAGAAGAGAUAUUCUGUCAAAAGCAAUCUUACUCAUCAUUUAAGAACACUUACAGGAGAAAAAUCUUAUCAUUGCUCUCAUUGUGAGAAGAGAUUUUGUUACAAGAGCGAACUUACUCGUCAUACAAGAGCACACACAGGAGAAAAGCCUUAUCAUUGCUCUCAUUGUGAGAAGAGAUUUUCUAUCAAGGGCACUCUUACCUAUCAUAUGAGAACGCAUACAGGAGAAAAGCCUUAUCAUUGCUCUCAUUGUGAAAAGAGAUUUUCUAACAAGACCAAUCUUACUCAUCAUUUAAGAACACAUACAGGAGAAAAAUCUUAUCAUUGCUCUCAUUGUGAGAAGAGAUUUUCUAUCAAGGGCACUCUUACUCAUCAUAUGAGAACACAUACAGGAGAAAAAUCUUAUCAUUGCUCUCAUUGUGAGAAGAGAUUUUGUUACAAGAGCGAACUUACUCGUCAUAUAAGAACACACACAGGAGAAAAGCCUUACAGUUGUUUUCAUUGUGAGAAGAGUUUUUCUGUCAAGAGCAAUCUUAAUCAUCAUAUACGAAUACAUACAGGAGAAAAAAAUUAUCAUUGCUCUCAUUGUGAGAAGAGAUUUUCCAGAAAGAGCAUUCUUACUCGUCAUAUAAGAACACACACAGGAGAAAAGCCUGACAGUUCUCAUUGUGAGAAGAGUUUUUCUGUCAAGAACACUCUUACUCGUCAUAUGACCAACCCUGAUACAGAUCGAGACCAACGUGCGAUAUCAGGUCAAACCUUCAUGGUCAAACAGAAAGAUGAAGGCAUGACCAACCCUGAUACAGAUCAUGACCAAUGUACUAUACAAGGUCAAACCAUUACCGUCAAACAGGAAGUAAACGAAGACAUGACCAACCCUGAUACAGGUCAAGACCAAUGGACCACACAAGGUCAAACCUUAAUGGUCAAACAGAAAGAUGAAGGCAUGACCAACCCUGAUACAGGUCAAGACCAAUGUACUAUACAAGAUCAAACCAUUACCAUCAAACAGGAAGUAAACGAAGACGUGACCAACCCUGAUACAGGUCAAGACCAAUGGACCACACAAGAUCAAACCAUUACCAUCAAACAGGAAGUAAACGAAGACGUGACCAACCCUGAUACAGGUCAAGACCAAUGGACCACACAAGAUCAAACCAUUACCAUCAAACAGAAAGAUGAAGGCAUGACCAACCCUAAUACAGAUCAUGACCAAUGUACUAUACAAGAUCAAACCAUUACCAUCAAACAGGAAGUAAACGAAGACGUGACCAACCCUGAUACAGGUCAAGACCAAUGGACCACACAAGAUCAAACCAUUACCAUCAAACAGGAAGUAAACGAAGACGUGACCAACCCUGAUACAGGUCAAGACCAAUGGACCACACAAGAUCAAACCAUUACCAUCAAACAGAAAGAUGAAGGCAUGACCAACCCUAAUACAGAUCAUGACCAAUGUACUAUACAAGGUCAAACCAUUACCAUCAAACAGGAAGUAAACGAAGACGUGACCAACCCUGAUACAGGUCAAGACCAAUGGACCACACAAGGUCAAACCUUCAUGGUCAAACAGAAAGAUGAAGGCAUGACCAACCCUGAUACAGAUCAUGACCAACCCUGAUACAGGUCAAGACCAAUUUACCACACAAGAUGAGAUUGAGAGUGAAGAGGACAAGAGACAAUCGCCCACGAUAGAAUGCAGUGAAGAGAAGUCAUAUCGGUGUUUACAAUGCAGUAAGAUAUUCACGGAUGAGAACAGUUUAAUUCUACAUCUGAAAGCAUGCUUUGGAGAAGAGGGAUCAGUUAGCAGUCUUAGAACAAAGUUAGAUUUUUGAAUAAGAUUUUUUUAGAUAAGAUUUUUGAAUCCCAGGAUCAUCUUAUGACCCAUGUGAGCACACACACUGGUGACAGCCCGCUAGACCGAGGGCCCGCGAGACCGAAGGCCCGCGAGGCCGAAGGUCCGCGAGACCGACUUUUUCCCCUUCAUCGGUUGCCGCGGUCGAGUGGUUUAAGGCGCCUCGUUGCAGUGGCGUAACAGGUGCCUGUUAUCAGAGGGGGGGGGCAGAGCCAAAUAUUUCCAAGUAAUUCCGUCUAGAAUGAACAUGCGCGUGCGUGUUUCAGAUUUAGACAUAGAAUCUAGGCAUUCUAAAUACAUCUUUUAUCAUGAAAAUAAAGGUGAGUGCGAAGCGCGAGCUUAAAAUAUUUGAUAUUCCGAUCUGAAAAAGGGGGUCAAUUUCAGCUUUAUAUUUCAAACACUUUGUAGGAAAAUUGUAAGGUGGAUAUAAAUCGCACUUGAUAAAGAGCUGAUAUUUUUCAUUAUUACUUUGAGUUUGGGACAAAGGACCAUGACAUCCUUAGGACAUGUUAUCAUAUGAAUAUGAUGACUAUAUGUCUUCCUAUUCAUCUUGCUAAGCGCGAGAUUAAACAAAAGGGACAAUUAAAAUAUUAAAUUGAUACCUUUUUUAUUAAUGCAUAAUGAGGGCGCGGAAUCUGAUAUUAUGGCCUGAACAAUGUACAUUUCAAGCACUUUUAUAAUUUUGAAUAGGAUGCUUCAUUAAUCAUUUGAUAUAUUUUUAACCAUUAAUGCGAGCGCAAAUCGGGAGCCGAAAUUCUUUUAUAAACUGCCAUGAAAAGGGGAUUUUAAGUAGUUUGUUGAGACAUAAAUAACUUGCAAAUGAAAAUGCAAGCAUGGCAGCGCUAACUGAUACGUUUUGACAAUCAGACCUGAAAAGGGAUAUUUUGAAAACUUUAGGGAAUACAUGAGAAUAAUAGGUACCUGAUAAAUCAAUUUCGCGAGCGCGCACCGCGAGCAAAAAAUGUUAAUAUUCAGACCAUAAACUGACAUUUUUACAGCCGAGCACUUUUUUAACAAUCAAUUUGUAAAUCACACAAAUUAAUGAAAGUUCGAUUUCCAAGGAGAAAUAUGUUUUGUAUAUUGACUUCUAAACUUGAUAUUUAAGCUCCAUGUUGUUGAACAAGAUAUGUGAAUCUCCUGACAGGCAAUGUGAGCGCAAAGCGCGAGCGAAAAUUUUGUACAGUGACAUGAAAGAUUUUUUUUCAAGUCUUCCUCUCAUCUUAUUUUAUUCACUCGUCUUCCUACUCUUCUUUUUUCUCCUCUCUUUUCCCUCCUUUUUUCUUCUUUCUUUCCUUUUUUUGGCUCCGCCAAAAGGGGGGAGCCGGGCCCCUCUGGACUCGCCUAUUGGGGGGGGGAUAAAAACUCGAUCAUCCCCUACUCCUCAAAGUGGAUUUACGCCGGUGUACUCAACACACCCUUUCGAGACAAGCCCCCCCUCCCCCGCCCCCCAGUUCCCAUGAAUAGGUGUUUAUUAAUUUAUCUUGAGUUGAGUUUAUUAACAACAUUAACAUAUUUAUUAUGUAUGAUACAUGUUUACAAGAAUGUGUUUGUAUAAAACAUGAAUCAUAUAAAUGCAAUUCAUAAUAUAAGCAUAGUCUAUAUAAGAACACAAUGUGAUACCGCGUGUGAUAUCAGCAUAUAAUACAAAAGAUUCAAAGUGAUGCAGUUUCACCUGACAAGAAGCAAAUCACCAUAAAAAUUGAUAUUAUGCAUAAACAUAAAUUAUAAAUGGUAUGGGUGAUUUUGUACCAAAAGAAAUGCUGUUAAAGGGAGAACCAGAAGUUAGCACAAGUGCUAGUUGAGAAUGGUUUCCUCAAAAGGAUCAAAGUGCAAUGUAUCUACUCUACUAAAACAAGUUUCUUUUAUUUCUUUUCCCAAAGUCAUGUCAAUCAUCAAACUUCAUUAAUCAAGUGAGUUUUCAUAUUUUUACGAAAUGAAAACCAUGUUCUCGAAUACUCUGGGGCAAACUAUUCAAAAACUUCGCUCCAAUAAAAUAUAUAGAAAAAGUGCCAUGUGUAGUGUUACAUUUGGGGAGUCUUAGCAUGGAAUGUUCUCCCCGCUCUCAAGCCAUCCUGUCGGGAUAACUGGGGAGGGGGGGUGGGGGGUUCUCUCAGUAAGGUGCGGCCAUCCCCGCUCUGCUCACCCACCCUUUCGACACUUUGACAAUCCCUCCCCCCUUGCUCUCACUUUGUUUGCUUUUGUUUUGUGUUGUAUUUUUUUUUUUUUGUCUCCAGCCCGGUUGAAGAAUUAAUGUGUGUUUUUUUUUCUUUGGGGGGGGGGGGGGGGAAUACCCCGCCCCUUCUGGCUAUGUAAUGACGCAAUCGAUCCGCAUCUUUCAGUUCUUGUAUAAGUCUCGAAAUCACGAUGAUCUGUCAUCAUCUGUGGGAUUACCCAGUAAGGUGGGGGACUGAGGUCAUGCGGCAUGUUAUCUUUUAAUGGAACUUUAUACAGAAUACUUACCCUCAUCCUAUUUGGACGAGCCCCAUCCUCAACUUGGAAAAUAUUUGUCGUUCCUUGUCCCUGACAUUGCUUCCUCCAACUCCUUUUAUUACAAUGCUAUAAAACAUUGGAAUUCCCUUCCCAAUGAUAUAAAGGAAAUAGGAAACUUUUUGCAUUUUAAGAGGAAAUUGAAAGAAUAUCUUUCACUUGAGAGUCAAAAAGAAGAUGCAAAUGAUAUGUUGUACGGUUGAUUUAGCCUGAAUACUGACCUAGUUCUUUUCUCUUCUCUACCAGGUAUUAUUAUGUAUUUUACAUAGUUUGAUUGAAGCUUCGAUAUGUCCUUCUAUUCUUUCUAUUUCUUUUAUCACUUCCUAUUCUCUUCGUGUUGUUAUUGUCGUCACGUUUUUGCUGUUGUUCUUCUCCUUAUUUAUUUUCCUUCGUUAUCGGUUUCUUCCGUCUCUUUCUACUCCUCGUCCCCUCUCUUCUUCUGUUCCUCCUCUUCCUUCUCCUUCUUUUCUUCUUCUUCUUCAUUAUAUUCUUGUAUAUAUCUUAUUUAUUGUCUAUAUAUCUUAUUUAUUGGUAAUAGUAAAUUCUGAUUUUUUUUCCUUCAUUAUUAAUAUGUAAAUAGUAUAAUUUUACAAUUUUAUUGUCUUAAUUCUGAAUAUUGAGGACCCCACUGGAAAUAAGCUUUCGAGCUUUCGUGGGUCAUCCUGUGCAAGCCUGUUGUUUUAAUGCUACUGUAUAUAUGUUAUGGUGACUUGCCAAAUAAAAUCAGUCAACAACGCCACAAUAUAGAUGCCACAUUUACUUUGUUUUUGUGAUAUAUGUGCCCAUUAGCAACUAGAACGAGCCCCUCCCAAUCCCGGCUUUGACACAUGCGUCUAAUUCUUGAGCCAUUUUGACAGAAGAUAAAAUGAAAGAUAAAAUGAAAGAUGUGCCCGUUCUCAAGUGCAUGCCAUUGGUCAAGUGGGAUUGUACAUAUCGGGAAUGUUAAUUUCGUCUUGAGUCUGCCAGAAGGGCGUUAACUCCCGCUCACACCGUACAAUUCACAUAGAGAGCGUUCAAGCUAACGCCCUUCUGCCAGACAGAAAAAUUGAAAUUGGAGCUCGCGCAUGCUACCCUUCGCCCUUCUGCCGCCUUUUCUGCCAGCUGCAUGAACUUUUCUCACCGUAUUCUAGGAAAAUACGCAUGAAGUUGAUAAUUUGUUGGCCUGAGCAAUGCGACAACGGUCACAAGUUCACGCUAAAGUGAUUCAUAAAUAUUCAUGAGGUUGCAUCAAGAGUGACUGUUCUGAAAAACUGACUCGUUGGAAGGUUAAAAUGGACCCCCCCCCCCAAAAAAAAAAGAAACAGAAGAACAAAACAAACUAACAAUUAAACUGCUGGGAAGAGACGGAGAGUCUAAGUGGACAAUCUCCAAGUCAAGUAGACAUGUGAGAUAAGUUGAUUUUGAAUUAAUGCUGCUGCUGCUAUCAUAACAAAAAUAGUAACAACAAUAAUUUAAAAAAAAUGGGUUUUAGGACAACUCCCGGGGAGGAUUACCCCUCCGGAGGGCGACUCCCACAUGAAAACUCCCCCGGAGGACCAUUCCUCGAGGACAGGCUUCCCUGAGGAAUACUGAUUUAAACCGGCACUCUUAAUUGAGUGACAAGUUAAUGUACGUUCUUUUCUUUAAAACUUUCACCUUUUUCUUCUUACUUUUGGUUGUUUAAAUGAAAAAAAAAUGUUAAGACAUGUAAGAUAAGAUUGCCCACAAUGAAGGUUCAAUGUUCCAGGCGGGUGUUUCAUAAAGCUGUUCGUAAAGUUACGCAUAACUUUACACACGACUGGAACAUGUUCUUAGGUCAUAUAUCAAUUAUACAGGGAUAUCAUUUUGCACAAGAAAGGAUCACCAGUCGUGCGUAAAGUCAUUCGUAUCUUACGAACAGCUUUAUGAAACACCCACCAGGUGUAUGUAUUUCCACAAUAUUUCCAGUUUUUUGUUAUACAUUAAAUGCACAAGAUCAUGAAGCAGAAAUGCGAUAAAAAUAAACGUUAAAUGAGUAGAGGUAAUGAUUAAGUAGUGUCAGUGAAAUUAGGCAACGUAAGUUUCUACUGUAAGUAUCGGAAACACUCCCCCCCUAAGAGAGCCCUUUCAUGCGCGCAGUAAGUGUUUUCCACGAUUCGCUGUUCAGUACAGCCCACUACCGGGAAAUGUUUUGGCUCUACCCCCCCCCCCCCGAAAACAGGCAUACGCCGCUUCAACGAGGCGCUUUAAACCACUCGUCACCUGAUAAAGGAAAAAAGUCGGUCUCGCGGGCCCUCGGUCUCGCGGACCCUCGGUCUCGCAGACCUUCGGUCAAGUGGUCGGACCCCCACACACUGGAGAAGAGUUUUAUCAUUGCUCUCAUUGUGAGAAGCGAUUUUCUUGCAAGGUCAAUCCUAAUUGUCAUAUAAGAACACAUACAGGAGAAAAACCUUAUCAUUGUUCUCAUUGUGAGAAGAGAUUUUAUUACAAGAGCGAUCUUACAACUCAUAUAAGAACAUACACAGGAAAAAAGCCUUAUUAUUGCUCUCAUUGUGAGAAGAGAUUUUCUCACAAGGUCAAUCUUACCCGUCAUAUACGAACACAUACAGGAGAAAAAACUUACAGUUCUCAUUGUGAUUAGAGAUUUUCUCAAGAGCGCUCUUAAUCAUCACAUAAAAACACAUACAGGAGAAAACACUUAUCAUUGCUCUCAUUGUGAGAAGAGAUUUUCUGACGAACAAUCUUACUCGUCAUAUAAGAAGACACACGGGAGAAAAGCCUUACACUUGCUCUCAUUGUGAGAAGAGAUUUUCUGACGAACAAUCUUACUCGUCAUAUAAGAAGACACACGGGAGAAAAGCCUUACACUUGCCCUCAUUGUGAGAAGAGAUUCUCUGUCAAGAACACUCUUACUUGUCAUAUAAGAACACAUAAACUGAUAAAAAAACCUAUCAUUGCUCUCAUUGUGAGAAGAGAUUUUCUGAUAAAAGCAAUCUUACCUGUCAUAUAAGAACACACAGGAGAAAAAACUUAUCAUUGCUCUCAUUGUGAGAAGAGAUUUUCUGACGAACAAUCUUACUCGUCAUACAAGAAGACACACGGGAGAAAAGCCUUACACUUGCCCUCAUUGUGAGAAGAGAUUCUCUGUCAAGAACACUCUUACUUGUCAUAUAAGAACACAUAAACUGAUAACAAAACCUAUCAUUGCUCUCAUUGUGAGAAGAGAUUUUCUGAUAAAAGCAAUCUUACCUGUCAUAUAAGAACACACAGGAGAAAAAACUUAUCAUUGCUCUCAUUGUGAGAAGAGAUUUUCUUGCAAGACCAGUUUUACUCGUCAUAUUUUUUUUUUUUUUUUUUUAUUCAUUUUAUUCAAUCAUUUAAAAAAUCAAUAUACAAACCAAAAUAUAUACAAAUCAUACAUGAAUGUAACAGUAUAGUUUAAAUGAUUAGGGUGCCCCUAAAAGCAAAAGCUUGAUGAGUGGGACACCCAAUACAUAUAUAUAUAUAUAUAAGCGUACAUAAAAGUGAAAAGGUAACAAUAAUAAACACAAACAAUACAUAAGAAAAUAAGACGGUAAACCUACAGGGGAGAGGAGGGGGGGGGGGGGUCAGGAAAAGGGUGUGAAAAUGAAUUGUGUGAUUAAUUGGCAUACAUAAUUACAAGUGAACUUUUGAGUUUUGUUUUAAAUGCAGUAACAUUUGUGCUAGAAAUUACAUUGGAAGGGAGGGAAUUCCAUAUUCGAGGACCAGUGGAUUUAAAUGAAUGAAGGGUUGAUUGAUUGAAUGCUACAGGAUAAUGGAAUUUAGAGUGGGAACGAGUAUUGUAUUGAUGGUAGUCUUCAUUAAAUUUAAAUAGAUUAAUCAUAUUAAGGGGUGCUAAGUUGUGAUUUACGUAGUACAUUAGAAUUGCAAUUUGAAUUUUAUGAAUAUCAAAAACUGUCAAGGUGUUUAAUCUAAAAAAUAAGGGGCGUGACGGAGCUAGGUAGUGGGAGUUAGAACAAAUACGUAAAGCCUUUUUUUGGAGUAUGUGUAUGGGGUUUAGUUUUGUAGUGCCACAACUUGCCCAAGUGAUAUUACCAUAAUAUAUAUAAGGAAGCAAUAAGGAAUUGUAGAGCAUAAGCAAAUGUUUUUCUGUAAGAUUAUUACGUAAUUUAGCUAAUAUACCUAUAUUUUUUGACAUCUUAUUACUAACAAAAAAGCGGUGUUCAUCGUAAGACAAUUUGUCAUCAAGUACAAAUCCUAAGAAUUUUACGGAAUUUACUAAUAUAAGAACACUUACAGGAGAAACCCCUUCAUAUGCUGUCUUUUUUAGAAAGAAUUUUCCAGAAAGAGCAAUCUUCCAAGAACUCAUACGGGAGAAAAUUUUCAUCGCUAAAAACAAUUUGGUUCUUGCUAUAGGCCUAUUACUAUUAUUGUUUUGAGUGAAACAAAUAUACUCUAUCAAUGAUAUAGUUAAAGUAAGUGUUGAUUCAUUCUAUUACGAAGCAAACAUAAAAUAAGUAAGAAAGUUAUAUGACAUAUUUAAUUUUCAUUUAAUUUCACCAAAAAGUUAUAUUCACAUCUUGGUUGGAAUGCAAAUGAGGGGACUGAUAACAUUACUCACCCGCCUCUAUAUUUUGUAUUUCAUUAUAUGAAAUAUUCCAAUUUACUUCCUGUUUUACUGUGAAAAAAGUUGUAUUCCUCCCUGAACAUGUCAGAUUACCAUUGUUUUAACAUUUUAUGGUUCAGUAAAGUUGGUCCUUAUUGUCACAUCUGAUCAUCGGCUCUCUCAUUUGCAUGUCACUGAGUUGUGCAUAUAUAACUGUUUUGUGUAAAAUAAGUGAAAAUUUAAGUUGUAACUUUGAUAUUUUACAUCUGAUUUUGAUCAAAUUUUCAGCAUUAUGCUUGUAGUAUUUUUUUACGCCUGUCCUAGAUGGGACGUAUUAUGGUAUCACGCUCAGUGUACGUAGUAGUUUUCCUUGUAAGUGUGACAACUUCAGUUUAACCCUAAAUCUCCCAGGGUAUUUUUAUUCUUGUCAUUCCCAGGGGGGGGGUGGGGGCAUUUGGCCCCCUUAAGAUCUCAGCCGCGGAUUGCGCGAUCACAACGAAAAUUUGCAUGAUGGUAUAGAAUGACGUAAUCUACGCAGUUGCAUGGGAAAAUUUCACUGAAUUCAUAUAUUUUAUUUUAUAUGAAUUAAUUAUGCUAAUUUAUUCAUGAAAUCAUACUGUUUGCUCUGAUUCACUAAAUAAAGCUCCUAGAAUGCUAUUUUUGGUGAAGAUAUUCUUUAUAGCAUUCCUAACAGUUGUGAAUGAAAAAAAUUCUGGUACCAAGAGCGAUUUCUUAUGUAUUUUAUUUUUUUAUUUUUUGUUUUUUAUUGUUUUUUUGAUGGAAAUCGUUCCAGACAUAAUUCUGAUCAUAAACAAGGCAAAAUUCAUUAAAUUUAAUCAGUAAAAGAAGAAAUAAUGAUACACUUAUGAAUUUUAGCUAAAUACACAAUUUGCAUUGGAUUUGUACAUGAAAUUAUGUUUUUUAGCAAUUUUGGGUCUAACAUGCAAUUACAUAAUGUUGGGUAAUGUCGUAACCGCGUACGCGAGCGUCACAAAUCUAAUAAAGUAAAAAAAAAAAAGUAAAGUCAGCGAGCGGCGAGGUAAACAAAUUUUGCGCAGCAGAUAUAUCGCGAAAAUUGUUGAGGGGGGGCAUUAUGGCCCCCCCCUCCCGGGAGAAUUAGGGUUAUUUUUAACCUAGGCUCAUAUGAUUUGAUGUGUAUGAUACUAGCAUUGAUCCCAGGGGGCCUGUUGAUUUUGAGGUCAAAAGGUCAAGGUCUGCAAUAACUUCAGUUUAACUUAACCUGGGCUCAUAUAAUUUGGUUUGUAUGAUACUAGCAUGGAUCCCAGCAAUUAUAUUGAUUUUGAGGUCCAAAGGUCAAGGUCACAGUGACAUACUCUUAUCUUAACCUUCCAGUGUUUCCACUCUUCCCAAAAUUCUGGAAAUUUUUACUUUUUCCAGGAAAGGUUCGGGAAAUGAAAAAAAUCCAGGAAAUUUCGGGAAUUCCGAAAAUUACAAUGUAGCAACUAUUAAUAUUCAGGUAAUAUUUGAAUAAUCUUUUACCCCCAUACUAGCUCAAAAUCCAAGUUGGUUGGUGAAGAUUUCUUAAAUUAAAGUUCACAAUGAUAGCGAUGAAGAAACAUCUUGAAGCAUGAUGCAUGAUGAAUAACAAGAGUCACUUUAAAAAGUUGAAAUGUCCGUGAAGAUGAUGUUGAUGAUGAUUGAUAGUCAAUUUCAGCAAUCCAUGAGUUGAAAAGCAUUCAUUAAAACAGGUUGAUGAUCUCGAUGAGAACUGAGAAUUCCUCCCUCAAUGUAACUGCAAACAGUUCAUUGAUGGCAUGCAAACAAUUCCACAGAAGAUAAAUGUUGUGUUCCAGUUGGAAAUAAACUAUGCUCUGACAUAAAGUCUGGUGUGAAACUCUUAGUUCUGAUCUGAUAUAAUGAUGUCCUUGAAGAAAUUGCCAGCUUGUAUGUAUACAUAAAUAUUUACUAUUCUGGAAGCUUCUAGUAUUUAUUGUAUAUAUAUAUAUUGUCUUUAAAAAGAACAUUCAUUCUUUCUAGAAUAGUCCACUUCUCGAAGACUCUUGAACACCUCAAUGAAAUCAACAAUGUAAACAACGUAGCUAAUCUUACUGCCCUUUUCACUGCCACUAGCAGUCUAUUGUCUAUCUGAGUACAUUCCAGAAAUAACAAAGAUUACUCUCUCAUUAAAUAGCAUGCCUAUAACAAAGCUUUACUGAGACAUUCUGGAAUAUUCUUAUCAUUAUAUGCUAUGAAUAUCCUUAAAGAGGAAAUAACUUAAUGUAAUUGCUCUUACAAUUCUUAUACAUAACAAUGAUAUCAUUGGUUUGUGUUCGUCUUUGAAUUUCUGUAUUUCUUAUUUUGUCCCCCAGUGUAAUGUUCAUCAUUUUUUUUUUCUCCAUUGCCCUCUGUGUUGUACUUAUUUUUUGUUUGAGUUGUUUUGUUGUCAAUAUUCCCGAUCCGUAUGUCAUUGUUUGCAUAAUACAGGAAUUGAUGAGUUCCUUUCUAAGUACAAGUACUAUUGGUACCAAUGGUACGUACGGAGAAAGGUAUUAGUUUUAUGCCAUUCUAUACCAUUCUAAAGUACAAUUGGUAUUCUUUUAUAUCAAUGGUAAUGAGAAAGGUAUUCUGUUAUACCAUUCAAAGUACCAUUGUUAUUCUUUCAUACUGGUAUAAAAGAAUAACAAUGGUACUUUGAUUGGUAUAAAUACCUCAGUACUUUUUGCCAUUUUAUACCAAUGGUACUGAGAAAGGAAUUAUUGGCUUUAAAUGGACGAUUGUAAUUUCAAAUCAUUAGGACAAAGGUCAUUUGAGUUCGAUAAAGUUUGACCAUAUCGUGGUCCCGGUUGUGGUGUCAACAUGAAGAAAGACAGCAAAUGAUGACGAUUAUGAAUUGUUCAGAUAUUUUUUAAAUGGUCCUUAUUUGUAAAACUGAUAAAAUCAUUAUCGGUACAUCAGUGACCUACAUAAUUUCCGGUCACAAAGUCGGAGGUCAUCAAUUAACUUGGUUAACAUUUAUAUAUUAUUCAUUAUUUCAGCAGUAUGUAAUUGAAUUGGGUUUAAAUUAGAUCAAAUUUUAGGCUUCAUAUUUCAAUACGGUAUUUUGAGGGAAAGGUCAUUUUGUUAAAGAGCACAUUUCUUGGUUAAAGCACGAAUGGGGGAAAUCAAACGGGGUAUACAGAAAAUGUUUAAGGCCGGUGAAAUGAGAAUUGAAGCUAGUCAGUGGGACAGCCACAGCCCUGGCUUUUGGUGCUCUUGGAACAUUAAAUUGUUCAUUCAAGCGUAAUUAAAUAAAAGGGGAAAAUAUUUGAUAUUUCAGUGUCACAAAGUCAACACUGUUUCUAUAUUGAAUUGCGUAAUACAGAUGAGACCGCUAUAUGCUUUCUACAUUGUUAUUUUUUUUUAAACCUUCAAACUGUGCCUUCAUAAUUGAUGCUAAUCCCAAGGUGAAGCAAUGUCAAGUGUAAGUGUCAAAGUUUCAUGGACAAAGAAUUGACAAGCUGCAUGCAUAAUAUCCAAAUGUAGUAGCAUCAUAAUUUCAUUGGCAGUGAGUUAUUGAAAAGAAAGUAUUGGAUUCAGAGUGUGCUGUUAUAUUUUCAUAGAUGAAUAAUUAUUUGAAAACUAUUUAAUUUCAAAGUGUACCAUGACAAUUUCAUAGCCAAAGAAUUAUUGAAUACUAGAUAUUGGAUUUCAAAGUGUAUUGUUAUAGGUUCAUACACAAAGAAUGGUUGAAAAAGUAUUGAAUUUCAUAGUGAACUAAUUUCAUUGACAAAGAAUAAUUGAAAAGCUAUGUAAUUUCAAAGUGUACCAUGAUGAUUUCAUAGACAAAAAAAAAUAUUUGAAAGGUAGUUAAUUACAAAGUGUACUGAUGUAGUUUACAUACACAAAUAAUCGUUGAAAAGGUUUCAGAUUUCACUGUGUUCUGUUUUAGAUGUGUAAACAGAGAAAUAUGGCAAUCAAAGGUUGUCAAGAUGCAACUGUUAAAAUCUAGAAUCUUACAUAUUAAAGGGGAAGUUCACCCUUGUUCUACAUGUAUACGUAUCUCAGUUUGUAUGGUUUGUUUUGGUUCUGAUUUAGAUUCACUGUACCUUAUAAAGUGUAAAACACUCUACACCAUGUGUGGUUUUAAUCCACUGUUCAUGCAAAUAAUUUGAAUACAAUAAACUGUGGUCUCAUUAUUUUAUGUCCUUUAUUUAUCCCUUGAAUGCUUUAGCGCCUAUACAGCGGCUCAGCUACAGCCAGGGUAAUUAUGAUGCCAAGUAUCAAGCGCAGUAUAGUAUAUGCAAUUAUAGUAGCUGCUUUAUACAAAUGGAACAUAUUAUUAAAUAAAACUUGUAGGAUGCCUAAAUCAUAGCAACAACCGUGAGCUGUUUAGGCCUAGUAUUAAAGAAAACCCAUAAAGAAAUUCUAUUUUUAUAAUAUUUUGUAUGUCAACAUUAUUAUUGUGUGAAGUACUAGUAAUCAUAGCCCUUACCUGCCAUUUGUUUCUAGUUUGUGUGUACUACAUGUAUUGAAAAUGAAAUUUACUGACAUGAUUUAUUUCAACCUAUGAGUAGUGGAAAAUAUCCAGAAAUUUUAGCAACCAGGAAUUCCCUGUUACAACUCUCUGGAUGAAUUUCUUACAUGAGAUGCUAACGAGGUGUUUCACGCAGAUUGAAGUCUGAACUUCAUAUUGUCAUAUGUGUGUAGCAUCUUGCAUCUCUGCAUUCGUCAGGGUGACACAACAUUUGCUCCAGCGACAAUUGCUCUGGGCUUAUUUUCGUCUAAGAUGUAGGGGUAGGGUUACAAUAGGGUUCUAUGUUAGGGUAGGGUAUAGUGUUAAAUCCAGGGUUGAAGUUGGUCAUUCGAUUAGUGUGUGGAAUUAAGAGCAGAUCAAUUGUCGCAAGAGCAAAUGUCAUGGAACCGUCGUCAGAUCAUGCUUUGAGUACAUGGGUGUUCAUAAGUGAGAUUACACAUCAAAAUCAGAUAGAUGUCGGCAUUCAUCGAGAGUUGAUAAUUAUUUGCUGAUCCCAGACUCGGGGAAAGGUAUUUGCAAAUUAAUGCCUGUAUAAACAGAGACAUCUCGGGAGAGAGCAAACUCGGCUUACCAUUGAGAUUAGAAAGUAAUUGCAGCAAAUAUUUAAAAUAAUAAUAGCUGGAUUUACAAAGCGCUUUUUGCCUGAGGAUACAAAGAGCUGCUACUAUUACCCCGGCUUUAGCUCGAGCCACCAUCACCGGCGCACAGUGCAUGCAAGUAAUUACUCCUGUUGGGUACCCAUUCACCUCACCUGGGUCGAGUGCAGCAGUGUGGACAAAAUUUCUUGUUGAAGGAAAACACGCCAUGAGAAAGUUUUUAAAAUCAAGGUCAAUUACCACAAAUUUUCAUAGAUCCAGAUCUGGUGAAUUGAAAUUAACUCAUCUUUUUGAAAUCAUGAAAUCUUAGCUGAAAACCGAUAAUUCUUACACGAAAACCGAUAAUUCUUACACAAAAAGGCAUAUGUUGGACAGUGUAUAUAUAUAUAUAUUGCUUGGAAAAGUACCUGAUAUUUUAUGGAAUUCUAUGCUUAUUUUGCUCAUUUUUCUGCAAUUACACAUUUUUUUCUAGAGCCAUUUGGCAUAUAUUUUUUAUUUAGACAUACAAACACCAGGGUGGUCUGGUCAUUUUAUUGGAAUUUUUUGAACUCCUUGAGAUCGUUACCACAACUGGUGUUUAAACUUUAUCUUUAAGUUGCUUUGAUCUUUGUGAAACUGUACCCUUUGAUUAUAUAUUUUGUUAUGUGGUUGGUUUCUAACUUAUCAAAAUAUCUACUUGUAAUUAUAUGAACUUGAUCUCUUGCCACUGUACAUUAUAAAUACUAAUGUGAAUGGUUUAUUUUUCUUGAGUAUUAGAUUAUAUUCAGGACAGAGUUUGAGGAAAGACUAUAAAAUCUGCCCAAAGUAUGUUACUGUUGAUUGAUUUGUGUAUAAAGUCAAUUUAGUCUGAAAUGUUACUUUCAAUCAAUUUUUGUCUCGCCCACCGGAGGUGAAGGCGAGACUUAGGGAUCCAAAUGUCGUCCGUCCGUCCGUCACAAACCUAAUGACACAUAACUCCACAACCGUAAGUCGAUUUUCAACCAAACUUGGAUGGUAGAUGGACUUGGGGGACCUGCAUGUUAUGCUGCAGUCAGAGGUCACAUGGUAAGGUCAAAGGUCAUUUUCAGGUCAACGUUAAAGUUUACAUGCAAGACUCUCUUAGGACACCUAACUCCGCAACCGUAAGUCGCUUUUCAACCAAACUUGGAUGGUAGAUGGACUUGGGGGACCUGCAUGUUAUGCUGCAGUCGAAGGUCACAUGGUAAGGUCAAAGGUCAUUUUCAGGUCAACGUUAAAGUUUACAUGCAAGACUCUCUUAUGACACCUAACUCCGCAACCGCAAGUCACUUUUCAACCAAACUUGGAUGGUAGAUGGACUUGGGGGACCUGCAUGUUAUGCUGCAGUCGGAGGUCACAUUCUAAGGUCAAAGGUCAUUUUCAGGUCAACGUUAAAGUUUACAUGCAAGACUCUCUUAUGACACCUAACUCCGCAAUCGUAAGUCGCUUUUCAACCAAACUUGGAUGGAAGAUGAACUUGGGGGACCGCAUGUUAUGCUGCAGUCGGAGGUCACAUUCUAAGGUCAAAGGUCAUUUUCAGGUCAACGUUAAAGUUUACAUGCAAGACUCUCUUAUGACACCUAACUCCGCAAUCGUAAGUCGCUUUUCAACCAAACUUGGAUGGUAGAUGAACUUGGGGGACCGCAUGUUAUGCUGCAGUCAGAGGUCACAUGGUAAGGUCAAAGGUCAUUUUCAGGUCAACGUUAAAGUUUACAUGCAAGACUCUCUUAUGACACAUAACUCCGCAACCGCAAGUCGAUUUUCAACCAAACUUGGAUGGUAGAUGAACUUGGGGGACCUACAUGUUAUGCUGCAGUCAGAGGUCACAUGAUAAGGUCAAAGGUCAUUUUCAGGUCAAUGUUAACGUUUACAUGCAAGACUCUCUUAUGACACCUAACUCUGCAACCGUAAGUCGCUUUUCAACCAAACUUGGAUGGUAGAUGGACUUUGGGACCUGUAUGUUAUGCUGCAGUCGGAGGUCACAUGGUUAGGUCAAAGGUCAUUUUCAGGUCAACAUUAAAGUUUAUGUGCAACAGUGCAAGGCUCUUAUGACAAGUGUUAUUCCAUUCCAGUCAUUUCACAAUGAAGUUUCGAUAUAAUUCUCUUCCGUGCCCUCGCAAAUCACGAUCAUUUUCAUAAGUGGGCGAGACACAAAAUUGCUUUUGCCUUGUUAUUUUCAGAAUUCUAGGAUUCAGAUCCAGCGAAAUGUAUUGUUGUACACAUGCAUGACCAAAUUAUUUCCAAACACCCCCAACAAGCUUUUUCUCUGUGUUCAAAAUAACCCCAUAAACAAGUUUUUUCGCAGGCUUUAUUUACACAUUUUGGCCCCCAAACAAGUUGUUGCCAGAAUAUGAACAUGGGGGAAAAGCUUAGGGAAAAACAUACCCUAAAAAGAUUUGGCCAUGCAAUUAAUCAUUGACCAGUCUUUCAAAAGCACCCUAUUUCUUGAAAAUACCCUUAACGAGUGCACAUGAAAACUGAGAAAACACCCCUUUAAACACAUUUUUGGGGUCAUGCAUGUGUAGAGCAAUAUAUUUGACUGCCCCUCACCUGGGAGUUAGUCUAACAGCCUAUACACUUAGUAGAUAUUAGACUAUUUGGUGUAACCUAACUGGAAAUCAGAUGAUGGUUAAUGGGCUAUAUUGUAAUUAGCUAGACCAAAUUUUUAGUAGAAAAACUGGUUGUAUGCGAAUUAGGAGUGAAUACAUUAACCUUGUAGCUCAUAACAGGAAUGUUAUUAGGGCCCUAAAACCAUCCAGGUUGUUUAAUUUGCUUAUCAAAAUUUAAGAAUGCUAUAUGGAGGUUGUUUGUUCUUAUCCAAUGUGAAAUAAAACAUUUAAUAUUUUCCUAAA